GAGGAGGAGGAUUUAAGAUAGGAAACAAAGAAUAUACACAACAAAUAGUUUGAGGAGCAUCAGGGAAGUGUAACUAAGAACUUUUAGAUGAGUAUAUUUAGUUAGAGGCAGAUUUAUGAAGGACAGACUUUGUUAGAGGUCAUUAGGAACUUGACUGAUACCAACCUCCGAACAAUAAGUCUGAAUACAGAUUGUCCUGUGUAGACUGGAGAGAAACGGAUACAAGAGAAGAUGAGGAUGUACUAGAGGCUAGGGGAAACAAAUAUACCAGCUGAGGGAAAUUUAGGGGUAAAUAACAAAUGCUCAGGAUCUGGAUAAAGAAUGAGGCACACUGAAUUUCACAGUGCUGAGCAAAAGUGUGAGCAAUAGAAUUACACAGAACGUAAAAGGUCCCAAAGUAGAACCAGAACUGAGACUGGAGGAGGAAAACAGUGCAGCAGUGAACUAAGAGGAACUACUGUAUGUACAUAGAGACUGGCAGGAAGAGGUGACACAAGAGAGCUGGUCAAAAUAUCCAGUUUAAAAGCAGAGCAAUAAAGAGGCUUGUGAUGCUGGUACAGGAGAGCAACAGAAUGGACAAAAAAUCAGAGAGAAGUGGUGGACCCUUAACAGACGGGAGUUUAGCAGACAAUACCCCGGUUCAGCCAGAACAGCCCGUUAUCCAAACUUCACAGUCUCUCAAAAAUGAGCUAUUUGAACAUAUUAAGGAACUGCAGAAUGAGAUUACUGAAAUAGUAGCGGAUAUUGAUGAUUUUGAACGCUUGGUUAAUAGUCGUAAAACCCAGAGGGAGAAUGAAUUGCUCAGUGCUUGCAGGAAAUUCAACAUGGCUCCAGAAAAGGGUAUCCGCUUGCUUAUUGAGAAGAAAUUUGUCGAGAAGGAUGCCAACCACAUCGCCAGCUUUUUGUUCCAUGGAGAGGGGCUCAGUAAAACAGCAAUAGGGGAGUACCUGGGCGAAAGGGAUGCACUGAAUAUUCAGGUUCUCCAGGCAUUUGUAGAUUGCCAUAACUUCACUAAACUUAAUCUGGUGGAUGCUCUGAGGCAAUUCUUGGGUAGUUUCCGACUCCCAGGAGAGGCUCAAAAAAUUGAUCGGAUGAUGGAAACAUUUUCAGCUCACUACUGUCAGUGUAACCAGGGGACCUUUCAGUCUACAGAUAGCUGCUAUAUAGUGUCCUUCUCAUUAAUUAUCCUAAACACCAGCCUACAUAAUCCAAACAUUAAGGACAGACCUGACCUGCAGCACUUUCUGACUUUACACCGAGGGGUGCAUCCGGGUGGGGAUCUGCCACCAGAGCUUCUUACUGAAAUGUAUGAAAGUUUAAAAAAAGAACCUUUCCAAAUCCCUGAAGAGGAAGAUGCCUGGGAGCUUGCCCAUGCGUUUCACAAGCCUCAGCGGGAGGGAUGGCUUCUUAAAAUAGGUGGUCGUGUAAAAACAUGGAAGAAGAGAUGGUUCAUUCUCAAAGACAACUGCCUGUACUACUUUGAAUGCAUCACGGACAAAGAACCUCUAGGAAUUAUCCCUCUUGAAAACUUAUCAGUAGAAAUCGUGGAAGAUCCUAAGAAACCAAACUGCUUUGAUCUACAUGGGAGAGGACAGACAAUCAAAGCAUGCAAAACACAUGGGGAUGGACGAAUGGUACAGGGGAAUCAUCAGUCAUAUCGCCUUUCUGCACCGAAUCAAGAAGAGAGAGACAAUUGGAUAGAAAGCCUCAAAUCCAGUAUUUCCUGGGAUCCAUUCUAUGAUACAGUCUCUGUUCGAAAGAAGAUAACUGCAAUGAAGAAGUCUCACAAGGAAUAAGGAGGCAUCUGCCUGUAACACUGGAUAUUAGACUCAAGCAGAAUAACACCGUCCUCUUCAUCUGAAACUUGGAUUUAUUGGGUUUCUGCAAAAUAGAGAUACAAAAAAGUGAAUUGUUGGACUGGUCAUGUUUUGAUGAGUAACAGUAACUUCAUCUAAAUGGACCCCUCCCCCUUCAUGCUACAUACAGGAAGAGCAUUUAUGUAAACAGGAAGUGUGUAACCACGUACCCAGGAAAUGUCACUGUACAUUGUACAUAUAUCAAUAUAUGAAGUACUGAACUAAGGAUUUCAUACUCACAGCCACAAACAGGAAAAUCUAGAUAUUGGAUUAAAACUGGCAGAGUUUACAAAAAGACAACUGGGAUUAUGCAGGUUCCAGCUCAGGAAAUGAAUAAAUGAAGACUGCUGCAAUAGUCUUACAAAAACAGAAUAUUUGUUUGUUACUAUUUUAGUUUGAAUAGCACCUCCAUGUUAAUAUCACUUAAAUAUUAAGUGAUGUCAAACCUGUGACUGGACCAGCUUUAAAGGAGAACUAAAGCCUGCUUUUGCACCAGCCCAAGACAACCACAGCCCUUUAGCAGUAAAGAUGUGU